GACAAGUGAAGUAGGUGGAUUUCGUAUAAAAUAAUCGAAUUAUUCAUAAAAUUACAUAAAUUAUUGCUAUUGCAUGAUGUUUCAUGUUAAUAAAUAUUUCUAAAUUGGAUAUCCAAGAGCAAUAUAGCUAAAAUGUUCCGUUAGCCUUCAAUAUUAGAAUGGAAUCUCAGUGAAAGUGAUACGUUGCACUUGCAACUAGGAAUACCAUUUGCAAACAUCGACAAAUUCAACAAAAUGGGAAAAUCAAGCAAAGUGGUCAUCUGUGGGAUGAAAGGCGUGGGAAAGACGGCAAUUUUGGAGCAGCUUAUUUACGGAAACGUCAGUUUAAAGUCGUGUUUCUAUCCAACCAUCGAGGACAUCUAUGUGGCGAAUAUUGAGACAGAUCGGGGCUCGAAGGAGCGCGUCUGCUUCUACGACACAGCUGGCUUGGAGCCCCCGCUUACAGGCGAGUUGAAAGGUCCACCGCAGUCUCCGACGAUGCAGCUAACGGCCAACCAGGUGCUGCAACGACACUACCUCGGCUUCGCUGAAGGGUUCGUCAUGGUUUAUGACACCACAAAGCCGGAAUCCCUCGACGUUCUGAUGUACUUAAAAAAGGAUAUCGAUAGGAAUAAAGAUAAGAAAGAGGUGGUAAUGCUAGUCAUCGGCAACCGUAUGGGCCCUGAUGACGUCAACAGCUUGGAAAACACAUGCUCUAAAGCCGCUAACUGGUGCUCUCGAGAAAAAAUCCGUCAUUUUGAAGUGUCAGCCAUGGACAGACCAUCUCUCUACGAACCCUUCAUCUAUAUGACGUCACGGCUCAACCCAGUGCAAAAUAAGACCGCGUUCCCACAGCUUAGUACGCUAAGCAAGCUGACGCAGAAGAAUAAUAAGAGCGAAGCCAUGUAACGGUACGUUUUGAGUCUAUGCCCUUUCUGCUACCAUCCUUAAGUAGCACGAAUUCAUCUAAUCACUUGUCGCUUUUAAGUUUUUUUGUGCUACAGGGUGUACAAUUUACAGCAGAUAAAACCACAGAAAAUGACAAAUUACUUCAAUUGAGUCUGAAACUUAAGUAUUAUGCAAAAAAUAUGAAAUCAAAUGUUUAUUGAAUAAGUAAUAGCACUAAUUACGUGAUCUAAAAUAACUGCUGUUUUCUGCCACACCCUGUAUUGAUAUUAAUAAGAUCUCGCGAACAAAGUGUCAAUUAGUAUUAUUUCUGUAUUUAUUGUAUUUGAGAUGGCUCUCUGUGACAAAUUCUUUCAAUUUAUUUAUACCUGGUGCCGAAGUUAUAAAGUUGAAGAUGCGUUAAAAAUUGUAUAAAUGUGUGGGUUGACUUAAUGAAAUUUAAGCUAAUUUAAAAAAUUCUAAAAACAUAUUUUCAGUACAGUGCAGAGCCAAUUAUCGUAAUCAGCUAUGAAGCUUAAUCGAGCCUUUAUAAAAUGCUGUCUAAUUUUUUUUAUUGUAAAAAUAUUCUUCAACCAAAUCUAGAAUUUGUAUAGGUAAUAUUGUAUGUACUUAGAAUGUAGACUAUCUACACUGUCAGAAAUCUCAUUAGUUGUAGUAAUUUUUAUGUAGAAAUUAUUUUAGUUUUUGACUCUGGUUUCGUGACUGGAAUACUUUACGAGUAUGAAAUGUAUAAUACUCGUACCUUGUUAAAAGCUCGGUCGCCGAGCACGUAGAAUUUCGUCCAAUGACCCCAAGCUACCCAUCCUUUUCGCUCGUGCGUAAUUAUGUUGCUGUCGCGCUCGCACACUCACU